AUGGAAGAAGGAAGAAGGAAGAAUGAGUAUGCAGAAGAUGGAAGUGUGGAUCUUAAAGGAAGGCCUCUUCUCAAAGCCAAGAGUGGUGGUUGGAAAGCUUGUUACUUUCUUCUUCUAUAUGAGGUAUUCGAAAGAAUGACAUUCUAUGGGAUAUCAUCAAACUUGGUUCUGUUUCUGACAAGGAAGCUUCACCUUGGCACUGUCACUGCUUCUGACAAUGUCAACAAUUGGGUCGGCACUAGCUAUAUAACUACUAUAUUAGGAGCCUAUGUUGCUGAUGCUCACCUUGGUCGCUAUUGGACUUUUGUCAUUGCUUCUGUUCUCUAUCUAGUGGGUAUGUGUCUGCUUACACUAUCAGUUUCCCUUCCAAGUCUACAGCCUCCAGAGUGCCAUGAAAUGGAUGUGACAAAAUGCAAGAAAGCCACCACACUACAGUUAGCUGUGUUCUAUGGUGCACUAUACAUCUUGGCAGUGGGAAGUGGUGGAACCAAGCCCAACAUUUCCACCAUUGGUGCUGACCAAUUUGAUGAUUUUGACCCCAAAGAGAAGGCACAUAAGCUCUCAUUCUUCAACUGGUGGUUUUCCAGCAUCUUCAUUGGGACCCUUUUUUCAUUCACAGUUCUGGUGUACAUACAAGACAAUGUGGGGUGGGGUCUUGGUUAUGGUAUUCCAACUAUAGGGCUUGCUAUAGCAUUCAUGGCAUUCCUGGCCGGCACACCCCUCUAUAGACACAGAUUGGCAGCAGGGAGUUCCUUCACCAGAAUUGCCAAAGUUAUAGUGGCUGCUUUGAGGAAAAGGAAUGUAAAUGCUCCUAUUGACUCCGCAGAACUACAUGAGCUUGAUGUGGAAGAGUAUACAAAUAAAGGGAAAUUCAGGAUUAAUUCCACCCAAACAUUGAGGUACUACGAGCCUGUCUGA